UCUUGUCUGAUUGAUGUGUAUUUCCGAAGUCGGAAAUACGUAACACUUGCAUCUCUAUUAUCCGAAAAAAAAUAUCCGCAAAACGUACAUUACGUGAGUCGCAGUGCGUCCACAGUGUGCUCUGAGAUAAUCGUGUCGUCUCUUAAAAUCUUAAGACAGCAUAUUUACGAAAUGCCAAGCUUUAAUUUACAAUUAAUGUCGUUCUUAUUGUUUAUAUACGCAGCGUAUUUUAUAGUUAUCUGCGAUCGCUGUUGUUUAAUCGAUCACCACGAAUUGCCGCAAUACGAUUUAAUAAAGACCAAUUUGCGCUCAAGUCAACCGAUCAUAUCACGAAGAGUGGUUCUUAAUGUGAACGAGUGUAAGAAAUUUGCCGCAUCAAAGAAAGCCCUCGCCUUCAAUUUUGUUUCCAUGAGAAACCGCACCGGUGGAGAAGAACUAUCGUGUCAAGCACUUCAAUGUCCCGAAGAUCAGAAUAUGACGACUCUCGUACCCGAGGCAAAUUGCAAAUAUUACAGCAUGUAUCCCGUUUUAUCUCCGCUUGUAAAUGCUACUUUGGAGUGCAUCCCUAAAACGGGAAUGUUUAUAUUCUCGUCCGAAGUAUUAAAUUACACGGAGGCACGAAGUUUCUGCCAGAAACGAAACGCAUCGCUCGCACAUAUAAUAAGCGAGGAACGCACGGAAGGCCUCGGCAAAUUAAUGUCGCAGAAUCUUUCCAGAUUUGUUGGUCUCAGCAGCAAAAGAAAUGAAAGAAUUUGGAAGAACGAAUUCGGUGAAUCUCUGUCCUGCUUCGACUAUCGAGCAUGGGGCGAAGGACAGCCGUCACAUUCAAAGGGUUGUGUUACUCUCACAAAUCCGUCUGCCAAAAGUUCGCCGCCCUUCUGGAAAGUGAUGCCCUGUCACGCAUCACUGCCGUUUAUUUGUGAAAUCUCACCGUUGUUUCGAGAAAUUUCGGAACAACGUCAUGGGUAUCAUCGCACAUAA